AUGUCAUCCGGUAGAUGUUCUUCGGGCUCCGAUUCGAUCGAUGAGUGGGAGGCCCCACCACAGGCGUUCUCGGAAGGCGACGCGCCUUGUGGUGCUGCAGCACCGGCUGUGGCCGCUGGCGGUGGUCGCAGCAUGGAGGCGAUGGACGCCGUAGAGCGCGACUUGGCCGGUGCGUCUGUCACUGUGCUGUUUCAACUCCCCGAUGGCGAGGUGCAUCGGGCGAUGUUUUUCAUGGGCCAGAGCGUAGAGAUCAUGAAGGCGCUGCUAGAGAAGGAAAAAGGCCUGGCAUACGAGAAGACGACCCUGUACCUCGGGGACCGCAUGCUGUUCGACCCCCUCUCCUUGAGCGACCUCCCCUUCGACCCCAAGAUCGAGAACCUCGUCAAGGUCGAAGUGACCACCUAA